UCACCUGUGUGCGGCUCACCUGGCUGGUCUUCGCAGUCACGUGAGGGGGGGGGUGGGGACCAGGUGAGUGGAGUUUCUCUGCUCAGUUGUCAUCGGGCUUUUUCGCUGCUCAGUGGACAUUUUUUUUUUGUGCGCAGGAGGGGACGAAGCGAAUGUGAGGGAAGAAAGGGGACAGGGGACAGGGGACAGAGGACAGAGACGUUUCUGCUCGGUUCAGAGCGAGCAGAACACGGGGAAGGAGAGAGAGAAACGCACACAGCGAGGGAGGGCGGAUUGGCGGAGUGCGCAUAUUUCAAGCCCUCGGGAGAGAGAGCGAGUUCGCUGCCCCUCUCCCCCCGCCCCUCGCCUCCGCCUGCUCACCCCCAGACGCGGAGGCUCUCAUGGCGUCGGCCGGUAACUCCAGUGCCACCUCCGCCCCGAUGGUGAUCCCCAAGACGAAGACGAAGAAGAAGCACUUCGUCCAGCAGAAGCUGAAGGUCUUCCGGGCCAGCGAUCCCGUCCUCAGCGUGUUCAUGUGGGGAGUUAAUCACUCGAUCAAUGACCUCAGCCAGGUGCCAGUGCCUGUGAUGCUGCUGCCCGAUGACUUCAAGGCCAACACCAAGAUCAGAGUGAACAACCACCUGUUCAACAGGGAAAAUCUGCCCGGUCACUUCAAGUUCAAGGAGUACUGCCCGCAGGUUUUCCGGAACCUCCGAGAGCGCUUUGGGAUCGAGGACCAGGAUUACCAGGUGUCGCUGGCGCGCAGCCCCCCCGCCAGCGGGGAGGGGGAGGAGGGGCUGUUCCUCACCUCGUACGACCGCACCCUCGUCAUCAAGCAGAUCUCCAGCGAGGAUGUGGCCAACGUGCACAGCAUCCUGUCUGAAUACCACCAGGUACCGGCACCCCUUUUUCACUCAGCACAUGAGGGGCUCUACAAACACGUAGGAUCGCUGGUGUCCAGGGAAGCAAGUGACAAAGAGAAGGUGAAGGAGCUGCCCACCUUCAAGGACAUGGACUUCAGGAACAACAUGCAGAAGGUGUACGUGAGCGAGGAGCAGCAGGAGAGGUUCAUGGAGAAGCUCAACAGAGACGUGGAGUUCCUGGUGCAGCUGAAGAUCAUGGACUACAGCCUCCUGCUGGGGAUCCAUGACGUUUCGCGGGCGGAGCAGGAGGAGGAAGAGGAGGAGCCCUGUCACAAGGAGGAGGCGGAGUCAGAGAACGGAUUGGCCAUCACGGGUUCCUAUGGCAACUCCCCCGAGGGAAUUGCUGGCUACUUGAACACCCACAAGCCACUGGGGCCAGGAGAGUUCGACCCCUAUGUCGAUGUGUAUGCAGUCAAGAGCGCCCCUGGUGCCCCCCAGAGGGAGGUGUACUUCAUGGGCCUGAUCGACGUGCUGACGCAGUACGACACCAAGAAGAAGGCGGCGCACGCGGCCAAGACGGUCAAGCACGGGGCUGGUGCGGAAAUCUCCACAGUGCACCCUGAGCAGUACGCCAAGCGCUUCCGAGACUUCAUCGCAAACAUCUUCGCAUAGCGCCCCCUACACCCGCCUGCCGGUUCUGCAGCCGCAGUACGACGAUGCUGUUUUUUUCUGGUCCUAGGUCCUACCUCUCCUGCUUUUCUUGGAUGUAAAUUACACGCUUAUUUAACAACCAAACAAGCAAAAAUAAAAUUUUAUUACCAAUA